UCGAGUUGGGCUUCCUUUGUAUAGUUAGUCACAGGCUGUAACCGGAAGUAAACAACCCUUUCCGUAACUCACUAACUAGACCAUUCGAAACUGCAAGACGGUAUAUUCUUAAGGGCUCUUUGUGUUCGCUUUCAAAAUGGCAGAAUUCCUAAAAUCUGAGAAAAUCCUCAAAGUUGUUUCAUGCAUAAUUUAUGGCAUUUCUACACAAGUGCAAUCUCGAAACCGUCAUGGAUGUGGUGUACGUCAGUGCUUGAUGUCAGGACCACUAGUCGCAUUCUUGUGGUAUUCGUUUGCUUUUGAGAUGUACUGUAUAAAAACGUACUGGAGAAAUAGUUCAUUGAAACCACAGAUUCCUCUAGAAACACUUCUAAUUAUGAUACCACUUACGCUUUCUGGUGCAAUAACCUAUACUCUAAUGGUGUGGUACUUCUAUAGCAACGAUUUCCAGCAUUCUCACACGAGACUAGUGCCGCACUUUGAUUUUAUGCCUGAAGGACAUCAGGAAGAUAUUGGGCCAACAAGAAAUGACUGGAAGUAUGUCAACAACAUUCUCCUUAUUGGUUUUACUAGUGUUGGUUCUGUUUUUUACUGUUGCUUUGGACUCAAUGUGUUUUUUGACUUCAGUGGUAUUCAUAACUUUGCAGUACACAUUCAUGAUUGGAAGAAAACUCUAUAUUAUAUCGACAUUGGAAUUAUUUACUGGGGAUACAUCAGCGCUGUUGUCGCCUGCUGUAUUUUUUUCAUCUGUUGCAGAGAUAUUGUACGACACAUAGAAUUUACAGAGACUCUCAUAAUAACAAAAGCAAAAAAGUACCUAACUGCUAGACAUUACCAUGAAUGUCUGCUGAGAUAUACAGAUGAUGUAAUGAAUACAACUAAACUGUGGUUCGUGGUCCAUAGUUUGUUUUUUGCAUUCAUUGUGCUAACAGAUGCAGUUGCAUGGAUUAUGGCUUUUUCAGAGAUAAAUCGCAACCACAAAAAUAUGGUCCACAUAAUAAUGGGACAAACUGCAGGUUCUUUUCUCAUUGCCUUCAAGUUUGCAUUCCCCUUCCUGGCUGCCAGUCGUGUGACAGCUCAGUAUGACAAGAUGUAUCGCAGGAUAAACAGACAUUGGCGGCCAGAUGUAUUGUCUGAGGUUGAUGCAUUCAUGAAUUACGCUAUUCGAUGUGAGGCAGGUUUUACCUUGUUUGGAAUAAAGUUAACAGCUGAAUUGGCUCUGAUUUCACUGCUGUCGUGUUUCCUUGGGUUUUGCAGAAUAUUCAAAAACAUUGCUUGAGCACUUUGUCUGGGACCUUUAAGGAUUCAACUGGGCAAAAAUUUGAGAUGUACUUGGUUAACAUUGAAGUUAACUUUUGAUAGACCCUGUAGACUAAAUUCUGUUCCAUUGUUCACAGUCGCACUGUGCUUGGGUUGCGAAGAGUCCCAAGCGGCACCAGCACCUUGCCGAGAAGGGGCGGAUCCAUCAGCUGAGUGUGAUGCUUGGACGUUUCAGAGACUGAGGCCACUGAACUCAACUGGCUGGUGCCUAUUCAAUCAGAGGCCCAAAGAAGAGAGGAAGUUAAAGAAAGAAAGAAAAAACAUACUGAGAAGCGUGCAGUGACAGAGCAAGCGAUAAGCUGCCAAGGUCGUUCCGAGAAGACAAGUGAAGGUUAAUGUUCAAUGCUGCACGCCCAUUUAUACUUCAAGUCAACUUCCUUCAAAUAAUACAAUCAAAAAAGGGAUUACCUUACAGCAAAAUGGUUUCGCUAAAGUUUCAUUGAAAUAACAUGAUAUGGAUUACUCAUCAAGAUGAAACUAUUAAUCAUGCCAGUAACAAAGACUUCUUAGGCCCCGUCCACACGUAUCCGCAAAUUUUUGUAUCCGCA